GUCAGCGGCGCGCCGCCUGUGAAAGAAAAAGCCGGUUGCUAGGGGAGUGAGAAAGAAAGGGAGGGUGCCGAACACGGAAGUGAUGGCAGCGCCUUGGGAGUAGGUGGAGGCGGUGACCGCAAUGUGUGAGACAGGAACUCAGCGCCGACGGGUGGGGGCUUGCACAAAGGCAUCGGCCUUUUCGGACCUACACGAGGUGCAGAAGUGGCUGGGCCUCCCUUCUCCACCUUAGCGAGCACUCAAGAGGGAUGGCGAUGGUGAUGGCGGCAGUUUCUCGGACAGCCCCAGUUAAGCUGCGGUCUGAGAGAUAUAUCCAGAGAGUGCCCAGAAGAAACUUCCUGCUGGAAAAACUGAAAAAGCAGUAUUUAUAACACUGGAAUUUGUGGAUAACUUGUUAAAAUGGCAGAAAAUAGUGAAAGUAUUAGCAAAAAUGUAGAUGUGAGGCCCAAAACUAGUCGAAGUAGAAGUGCUGACAGAAAGGACGGUUAUGUGUGGAGUGGAAAGAAACUAUCUUGGUCAAAAAAGAGUGAAAGUUGUUCAGAUGCUGAAACAGUGAAUGCUGUAGAGAAAACUGAAGUUCCUUUAAGGAGCCAAGAAAGGAAGCACAGCUGUUCAUCUAUCGAGUUGGAUUUAGAUCAUUCCUGUGGGCAUAGAUUUUUAGGCCGCUCUCUUAAACAGAAACUGCAAGAUGCCGUGGGGCAGUGUUUUCCAAUAAAGAAUUGUAGUGGUCGGCACUCUUCGGGGCUUCCAUCUAAAAGGAAAAUUCAUAUCAGUGAACUCAUGUUAGAUAAGUGUCCUUUCCCACCUCGAUCAGAUUUAGCCUUUAGGUGGCACUUUAUUAAACGACACACUGCUCCUAUAAAUUCCAAAUCCAGUGAAUGGGUAAGCACAGACUCGUCUCAGAGUGAACUGAGGGAUAGUCAGCUAAAACAAAGAAGAAACGUGGAAGAAGAGGUAAACUGCUUCUCACAAACCAAUGUUCAGCCCUGUGUCAUAACCACCAACAGUGCUUCUUCAUGUAGAGGUGGUCCCAUGACUGGCUCUGUGAUGAACCUGCUUUCAAAUAACAGUAUAGAAGAUAGUGAUAUGGAUUCGGAUGAUGAAAUUAUUACACUUUGCACAAGUUCCAGGAAAAGAAACAAACCCAAAUGGGAAAUGGAUGAAGAAAUCCUGCAGUUGGAAACACCUCCUAAGUACCAUACCCAGAUUGAUUAUGUCCACUGUCUUGUACCAGACCUCCUGCAGAUCAAUAACAAUCCAUGUUACUGGGGAGUUAUGGAUAAAUAUGCAGCUGAAGCUCUACUAGAGGGAAAACCAGAGGGUACCUUUUUACUUCGAGACUCAGCACAGGAAGACUAUUUAUUCUCAGUCAGUUUUAGACGCUAUAGUCGUUCUCUUCAUGCUAGAAUUGAACAAUGGAAUCACAACUUUAGCUUUGAUGCACAUGAUCCUUGUGUCUUCCAUUCUCCUGACAUUACUGGGCUCCUAGAACAUUAUAAGGACCCAAGUGCCUGUAUGUUCUUUGAACCACUUUUAUCCACUCCUUUAAUUCGGACUUUCCCCUUUUCCUUGCAGCAUAUAUGCAGAACAGUUAUUUGUAACUGUACAACUUAUGAUGGCAUUGAUGCCCUUCCAAUUCCUUCUUCUAUGAAAUUAUAUCUGAAGGAAUAUCACUAUAAAUCAAAAGUUAGAGUACUCAGGAUUGAUGCACCAGAACAAUGCUAGGGAAUGUGUAGGAAUAUGGGAAUGAUUAUAUAUACAUAUUUUCAUUUAAUAUUUUAUUUUUCUUAUGUCACUUUGAAUUUUUCUACAAGGGCAGUUCAAAUCUAAAAUAAAUCUCUGCCCUAAAUUUUACUUCCAGAUCAGUUUAUUUUUCUUAAGAUAAACUAAUUGUUUAAAGUUACACACUAGGGGUUAAUGAAUAUUUUUGACCAGGUGUUUGGUUUUUGGUUUUACAGAUAGAUUGUAUACUUAAUUUUUUUUCUUAAUUGUAAUUUGCUUAAGGUCCAGGGAUAUUUGAAAUUUGGUAGGCAUUGCAAAUACAAUUAAGUAAUCUAUAUUUCGUACUUUCCUUUAAAAAUAAGCUUAUGUCCUUUCCUACAUGUUCCCUUGUUAACCUAUGCCAUUGGCAUCCCUAUACAUAAAAUACAGUUUCCUCAUCCCCCUUUCCCGAGUUGUUUUAAAAUUCUUCAGUUAACCUGAGUGUGUUGUAAUUCACAAUCCAUAUCAAUGUAAUUGAGUCUUGUACCUUAAUAAUAAACAGUAGGGAUGUUAAAGGUAACAAAAUGGUUUGAAAUUAAACUUGAAGUGUUUUCAUUUUAAAUACUAACUAUAAAGCAGUAUUACUAAAUUUGAUUAAUCUGAUUAGGAAGAAUCAAAUGAGAACAUGACUUUUUGGAAGUGAAUUUAUUUUCUACACUGUAGCAUGGUCAUUUAUUUUUGAAUAGGUCUUUUACUCAACCUAGAUGAGUUGCUAUCUUCAGAACAAAUAUUGUUCCUUUCUCGCUGGAAGCUUUAAAAAUAAUAACACUAUUAGUAUAGUAAUUACUAACAUAUUAAAGCAACUAUGGGGUUUUUCUGUAUUUACUUAUGAAGCAUUUCUUCUGAUUACCCUUUUCAUAGAAACUCUGAGCCUGUUAUUUUGGAGAGAUGCCACGGUUUUAUAAACAGCCAGAAAUUUCCAUCAGUAACCAAAGAGGACCUAAGUAGUCUUCAUUAUUUUAAAGUGAGCUUCACUAAGGAUUCAAGAAGUAAAACAUGGAGCUCGGUUUUUUGAAACUUAAUAUUGGUUUUGAUUUUCAAGUUUCAAAUAAUUAUUCCUGUCUUCAGAAUUAACAUGUCUUUACUGUGGCUUCAAAAAAGGAAAAAUGUUUUGCGAGCUACAUGGCUUACACCAUACUGAAUAGCACUAGGCACUAGAAGUAGUAUUUUAAAUUUGCUAUCCCAGUACAGAAGCAUUUUUAGAAAUGUCAUCCCAGUAUGAUAAAGGUAAAUGGAGUGAUACCUUAUCUAACUCCACUUUUUUAAAGAGUCAGUGCAUAAUAAAUUUCUCAGACAGUUUUUUCUUCUGGUGAGCUGUCUAGCCCUUUGUACAAAUUGGCAUUUUUAAUAUCCUAGUAAUUGAUUUCUUUCUUUCUUUCUUUCUUUUUUUCCUAGUAAUUGAUUUCUUGAUGCUAAUUUAGGUCCGGUAGGAAGCUGCUUCUACCUGGAUUGGAAGAAAUUUGACUCAAGUUUCCAAGUUAGAACAGAUGUUUAAGUAUCAUUGCUUUUAUGUUGAAGUAGCAUUUCCCUUUCCUGCAGUUCUGUUGUAAACAUAAAGAUGGCAUUUUUCAGUAGUAGCUUUAAAAUACAUUUUAAGCAGUUACAACAAAAUUAAAUCAAGAAAAUAUCUUACCAUUUUCUAGCAUUUUUUUUUUCUCAGUGAUCUCAAGAUUGUCUUAUUCCAGGUAGGGUAACUACUAAUUAUGGCACCUGUCUGUGGAGUAAUGAGGCUCAGGAUAUCAUUAACACCGAUAUCGGGAUAAAUAUCUCUUCUAAAGAUGAUACUUCCCUUUUUCAAAAGUAGAAAAGUCUCAUACUACCUCAUCUUUAUUGUGACACUUUUUGUAGAUCACUGAGAAGCUUGUCUUAUUUACCAAUAAACUGCUUCCUAAAUAUCCAUUUUUGGUGAAAGAACACUAAUAGUGUAGUAAGACUCUACCCAUGAUUAUAGUUUUUUAUCAGAAUUUGAUAAUGAGACUUUCUGUUUCUGUGAAACAAUUAUUGUUUUAAAUAUUUUUCUUUUAAAAGUAACUUUUUAUCAGUACAGAAAAACCUUAGGGAUGACUAGCUAACAAAUAUUCUGUUAUAGAGUAAUUUUGUAAAGAAAAAAUGAAAUAUAAUUAUGUUGUCUUUUAUAAUGGUAAAAAUUAAUGUUUAUAUGAAAAUCAAGAUAUGAGUAGCUUUUCAUAUAUUCAAACUGGUUGCUUGUGAUAUAUUUUCUUUGGCUUUCUUAUUUUUUCAACUUAAAGGUAUUAAUAACUGUUAACAUUUUCAAAAUACUGCCAUAUAUAUAUCCUUGAAGUAAAUGAUCUAAUAAAUGAGAGCAGGGAAGAGACUCAUUUACUCUGAAAUGGUUUGUAUUUUUCCUUUGGUAUUUGCUAGAGUGAAAAGAAAUAUGGAAAGUACAAGUAUAAAGACUUGAGAAGGGAAUUGUUAACCACGAAGGAAAAAGGAAAGAGUAAUUAAUUUUUUAAAACAUUAAAGAAUUGGAAUUCAGAAAGGUUAAUACCUUUCUCUUUGUGGGGAUAAAUUUGGAAGAGCAUCCAGUAUUCACAAACCUAUUUUUAAAAUGUAAAAUGUGUAAUUAUUGGAAUAUAUAAAACAAAAGUGACUAAGUCAUGAAAGGAACGUAAGGAAAGAUACAAAUAUAUCUAAAUAUAAAUUUUGUAACUCUAGGUUUGUGGGCAUUUGAAAAGUGUAAAUUCCAGAGUUGAGAAAGCAUCAGCAUGGUGGAAAUGUCUAGAGCUUAUUGGUGAGAGAAGAUGGAGCUAAAAGAAACAAGAUAAAAUAUUAAAAUUAAGAAUUUAGGCAUCACCUCAGGGAAGAGCCUUGAUAGUGAAAGGGAACUACUUAACUGCUAAUAGCUGGUCUGGACCAGACACUUAACUGCGCUUUGGGAAUCAUCCUGCACUAAUCAGGAAAUAAACUUGACUUUUCUAUUUCUCAAGCUUUUCAGGACAAUCCCACCACCACCACCAUGCAUUUUUUCUUUUUUUUUAA